AUGAGGUCUGCACCAGUACACAGCGACGCCGGUGAUAAUGGACUAGUAGUGGUCGAGUACCAGCCAGUGGAGCAUGUCUGUUCCGGAAGCUCAGUACUAGAAACCAUAACGAGAACAUACACGACGACCAUAAGUCAGCCUCCAGAUAUCAGCAAGAGUGCUGAGGCCUUGGACGGGUCAAGCACAGCGAAGCCCGACAAAGGUGAGCCUGACGGCAUUGUCAUCGAAGUACGAGCUGGUUCUCUGACCACCUUUUGGCGGGCUCAGGUGAUGGUUUAUCUGACUAAAUCCGAGCAAUGCACUGGCACUGAGACAGUCGUUAUUACCCUGACCAUUGAACCGAGUGGCACAGCUCCUGGUACCAUCGUUGUUCAGACACCCUCAGGAUACAUACCCGUAUCUUCGGCAGAACCGACAGGAUACGUAACAAAAUCUGAGCAAUGUACUGGUACGGAGACAGUGGUCGUGACAUUGACUCUUGCACCAAGUGGUACAGCAGCUGGUACCAUUAUUGUUCAGACACCCUCAGGAUACGUACCGACACCGUCAUCGGAACCAACGGGAUAUCUGACAAAGCACGAGCAGUGCGAUUGCAAAGUUGUUACGACGCUGACUUUUACACCAAGUGGCACAGAUCCCGGCACUAUCCUUGUUCAGACACCCUCGGGAUACAUACUCGAAUCCACAUCAGAACGAACUGGGUAUAUAACUAAAUCCGAGCCCGGGGAGGGCAUGUCUGUAACCACUCGGACGAUUGCGCCGAGUGGUACGCUUCCCGGCACCAUUCUUAUCCAGACUACAACAGGUUACAUACCCUUGCCCACACUGGGACCAAUUGAAUAUCUGACGGCGUCCGAACCAUGCCCUGGAACUUUUCCAACUACGCAGACUAUUGCACCGAGCGGUACAGUUCCCGGCACUAUCCUUGUCCAGACUCCCUCGGGAUACAUACCUUCAUCAGACACAUCAGCAGGGACCGUUCCGUCUAGCGAUCCGACCCCAGGGACUGUCAAGACUUCUCCUGCAUAUAUAUCGUUGACGCAGCCAUGGGCUGGUAUCAUUUUGACCACCGAAACAGUUGCGCCCGUUGGAACUAAUCCGGGGACCAUCCUAGUCAAGACGCCUACAGAAUAUAUUACUACGUCAGAGGGUUGGACUGGUACCGUCAUAUCGACGCGGACAGUUCUUCCGAGUGGCACUGUUCCCGGUACAAUUAUUGUUGAAACCCCUUCAGGAUAUGUGGCUUCGAUAAUACCAUGGACCGGAACAUCUCUUACCACAACCACUAUCCAGCCAACCGGAACAGCCAAGGGUACUAUUAUCAUCAGAACACCUACAAUUUAUGUGACAACAACAGCUCCAUGGAGUGGUACCAUCGUUACAACAAGAACCGUGCCACCCACCGGAACAAACCCUGGCUUCAUCAUUGUUGAAACACCAACAGUCCCAAAAGAGACAUCAUCAAGUGAUACAUCCGCUCUUGGAACAUCUAAAGAAGCUCCAGGUGGAUUGAUUUCAGCAAUAACGACCUAUGGUCCCACAGCAGGCACAUCCACAAUUGGCCCACCUGCCGGAUGUACAACAAACUUGCAUUAA